AUGUACAUAUCCGCUAUCUUCCAUUCUGGAUGCCCCACGAGCAGUUUGGCCGCAGAGCCUAUCAACUUUGACAGAAUAUUUUGUAGUUCUUGUCACCAAAAAGCGAGCCCCAGGAAUCCCAACUGGACAAUCAAUCGAUUGCCUUGUCCAAUAGUAGAAGAUCAUCCGAGUUGUUCCGUUGUGAUAAAACCGUCGGAUGGGCAUUUUAGAAGCUAUAAAUUUGGAGAUGACCUCCAUAUUGGUAUCGCUGACUCUCGUGGAGCUGUCCACUCCUUCUGGACACAAGGGAUAGAGACUCAGGAUUCCACGUGGCAAGAUUCUUUGAUUCUAGUCAGCUUGAACUCUUGUAGCUAUCUAGAUAAGUCCUUGAAGAUUUUCAAAGAGACUGACACUAGAUUUUGCAAAACGAAGUAUUCGGAUGAUACGUGGAAUUGCUUUGAUUUCGUGCUAGAAUUUUUGAGAUUCAUCGCCUUCCGGGACUACUCGAAGUUGGAUUUUUCGAGAGAAUUCACAACGAAAAAGUUGCAAGCAGUUGUGAAAUACUUUACACUUUUUGAGAAGCUAAAAGCGCAAAAUUGA